AUGCGCGAAAACAGUGGGAAUCUGACCAUACAAUCUUCUUUUAUCUCUCUCUCUCUUUCUCUCUCUCCUUCCCCCUUCUACCAAUUUGAUGUCUAUCUGGCCGCAACAUUCAGCCUUUUCAGCGUGUCUUUACGACCUCUUCGCUGUGUCAUCAACACACAACCCACAUAUCCCACACAAGCACGCAUAGCCCAGGCCCCAAUCACAGCCACUGAGCGCAUGCACAUAAACCCACAUAAAGCAGAAGACCGGCUAUCUUGA